UGGUGCACUCUGUGAACUAACUCAGUUUUCUAUAAUUCAAUAUAUUUUUUUUUACAGUUAAAUUCUUAACGUUAUUGCUGCAAUAAAUAUCGUUGAUAAAAAUGAAUUUGUCUGCCGACAGAAAAGAACAAUUAUUAUUUGACCCUAAUUAUCAAUAUAGUCGUUGCCUAUCGUCUCCACUACCUGGAGAAGAAGUAGUCAUAUCAGGCAUGUCCGGUCGUUUUCCAGAAUCGGACAAUGUUUACGAGUUUCGCGACAACCUAUUUAACAAAAAGGAUAUGGUUACUGAAAACGAUAAAAGAUGGAAACUUGACCGUCCCGACAUUCCGAAAAGAAGCGCCAAGAUUAAGGUUAUUAACAAAUUUGAUGCUGGAUAUUUUGGACUACAUUAUCGUCAAGCUGAUGUUAUGGAUCCCACUUUGAGAAUUUUAAUGGAAACGGUUAUUGAAGCUGUGAUGGACGCUGGAAUAAAUCCCUUAGAGUUAAAAAGAAGUAAAACCGGUGAAUUCGUUAGUGUGGGCUGGUCAAACGUUGAAAACCCCACAUUUGUCAAUGGAAUGGAGCCACAAAAGUUUGCAGUUACUGGUUGUCUGAAAUCGUUGUAUGCUCAUCGCCUCAGCUAUAACUUAAAAUUAAAGGGACCCACAUUUACAAUUGAUAGCGCUUCCAGUAGUUCUGCGAAUGCCCUUCAUUCAGCAUUUCAAUCCAUGAGAUGUGGUGAAUGCGAAAAUGCGAUUGUAGCCACUUGUAAUUUAACACUACAUCUUGGAACUACAAUUCAGUUUGCUCGCCUAGGUGUCCUAAGUCCUGACGGGGUUCCUAAAUCAUUCGAUCAGGACGGUAACGGCUACGUCAGAGGUGAAGCCUGUGGAUGCCUUUUUCUUCAAAAAUAUAAAAAUACAAAAAGAAUUUACGCGAAAAUUAUUAAUGCAAAAGUGAACAUCGAUGGUUUUAAAGCGGAGGGUCUGACAUUUCCGUCGUCACAAAUGCAAGAAAAGCUUAUGGUUGAAAUGUACCGAGAAAGUAAUAUCAAUCUUUCAAAACUGUGCUACGUCGAAGCACAUGGUACUGGUACUCCAGCUGGUGAUCCUGAAGAAGUGAAAGCUAUCGACAGAGCUUUAGCGAAAAAACGUGCACAACCACUUCUCGUGGGUUCAGUAAAAUCAAAUAUCGGCCACACAGAGUUUUCGUCGGGUUUUUGUUCCAUUAUCAAGGUACUGAUUGCUAUGGAAACCGGAUUCAUACCACCUAAUAUCAAUUUAAAAAGAAUUCGAAAAGGGCUGGAAGGGAUUGAACAAAACAGAAUGAAAGUUGUGACAGAAACUACUGAGCUUCUAGACCAUGAAGCAAUUGUAGGGGUUAAUAAUAUUGGUUUCGGAGGCAACAACUGCCACAUUAUAUUGCAAAGGUUUAAAAAGCACAAAAUCGAUGACGGAUUGCCAAAAGAUGAUGUCCCUAGAUUAAUUUGUGUCAGUGGUCGCACUAAUGAAGCAGUUUUGCACCUUUUAAAUGAAGUUAGCAACAAAAACUUGGAUGAAGAAUAUGUCGGUCUCCUUCAUCAGUUAUAUAAAAUAAAUAUUCCGAAUCACUUAUACCGAGGGUAUGCCGUAGUUUCAAAACGUGGUAUCAAAUCAAUGACAUCGAAAUUAUUACCCGCACGAAAACCACAUUUGCACGUAUUUUUUGGACAGUUUGUCAAUAAUUUUCGCACACUGGCUUCUCACUUGAAGAAUUUUUCGAUAUUUAAAGACAUCGAAACAAGGAUUAAUCAAAGUUUGGUGCACUACAAAAUAAAAACACUUAAAGAAAUUUUAGAAAGUAGGACUAAACAAGACGACGACGUAUUAGGUUCAAUAUGUGUGCAGUUAAUUAUGGUAGAUGUUAUGAAACACUUGAAAUUGUCUCCUAGUGGCGUUUUCGGUGAUACUUAUGGCAAAAUCGUUGUUGCUUACUAUCAUGAUGUAAUCCAACUAAAAGAGGCCUUGUCAAAUGUGAUGGAACUACGUAAAUUGAAUUUUGAUUCUAACAUAAAUUUUCAUUUUGAAAAUUUAGUUAACUUAAAAUAUAAAGAAUUAACUAAUGAAAAUUUUACUAAACCAGUUAAAGGAACAAUAUUGCUAAAUAUAUCCGAUUUUCCGCACAAUGAUGACAAUAUCUUACUCGUUGAAAAUGGAAGAGUCAAGUUACUGAGCCUAUUAGGAAGAUUAUAUACAGAAGGUUAUCUUCCACAAGUUCAAAAACUAUACCCUCAAAUAGACUUCCCUGUAAGUAGAAACACCUGCAUGAUUUCGCCUUUUCUUCAAUGGAACCAUGAAAACUUGUGGAAUACAUUCAUAUUCCGUGAAUUUGAAUCACCCCCUGGAGACCAAAAAGAGUACAACAUUUCAUACUUACACGAAGAACAUCAGUUUAUAAAAGGCCACGUUGUUGAUGGACGCAAUAUUUUUCCUGUUACCGAGUAUUUAAAACUAGUCUGGGAAACAUUUGCACAGAGUCGAAAAUUAGUGGCCUCUCAUAUUCCUGUGUUGUUUGAAAAUUGUAAAUUUAUCAGAACAACUACAGUGCCGGAAAGUGGUUACGUAAAAUUGCUCAUAUCGAUUCAACGAGGCACAGGCAAUUUUGAAGUUCUUGAAAAAAAUUCUCUGUUAGUCAGUGGACGUAUCCAGGUUUGUCCAAAUGCAAGUUCACGUCAAAUUGACCUACCACAUCUUACUUCGUUCAGUGGCGAUAAAUUAGAAAUUCUGGAACAAGAGCAAAUAUAUGGAGAACUUUGCCAAAGAGGUUACAAGUACAGCGGUUUUUUCAAAGCAAUUAAACAAUGUAAUGUAGACAUUUCUAUCGGUCUGGUUAAGUGGGAAAACAACUGGAGUGCUUUUAUGGAUAAUAUGAUUCAAAUGAAAAUUCUUAGUUCUGACACAAGAUUACUUUAUAUUCCGGUUGGCAUUAACAAAAUUAUAAUAGAUCCUUUAAAACAUGUAGAAAUUGCGAAAAGCCAGGAUGAACAAGAAUGUAUUUUACCUGUUUAUCUGAACGAAGACUCGAACAUGAUCAAGUCUGGCGGAAUUGAAAUACUCGGACUACAACUCAAAUCCAUUCCGAAGAAAAAAACUGAGUUGGAACAAGUUCUAGAAAAACACGUAUUCAUCCCCAAUAAUUCGUUUCUAGAAUUAGAACAAGCUGUGAGAAUCAACACUCAGAUUAUUCUAGAAAAUAAUUUAAAGGACAACUUGAAAGCCGUGGAAAUCAUAAAUGAACAAACGAAUAGAGAUACUGAACCGGUCCUAGUCUUCGUGAAAAAAGCCCUAAAACAUUUUCCACUAGUGGACUCUGAUCUUACCAUUUCGUCAAAAGUAUCCCCAAAUAAAACACCUGGUAUAAAAUUCGAACCGGUUAUCUUAACACCACACAGUAAUAUACUUUUGUACAUUGGUAGUAAACUUUUACAACAACCGAACACUUUAAAACAACUUUUCACACCGCUUACCCAAAACGGAUUUAUCUUAACACGGGAAGAUGUUGACGUAAAAGUACAAGACGCUACUAAUGACAUAGAAAUUCUCACUGACUACACAACCCCAAAUGAAAGAAUCAUACUAUUGCGGAAAAAGGAGGACAUUUUUGUGCCCAAGUUUAUUGAAAUAUCCUCGAAUAAUUUUGAGUGGCUACCCGAAUUACAAAAAUCUUUAAAUCUUCAACAAAAUAUUAUAACUUUUGCAUCAAAUCGAGAUCCUGAAGGAAUAUUGGGUUUAAUAAAUUGCAUCAGAAAAGAAACAAAUGGCAGUUCAGUGAAGUGCUUCUUUAUGAUAGAUGAUGCUCCGGAAUUUUAUCCCCAACACCCAUUCUAUAGUAAACAAAUCAGUAAAAACUUGGCUGUUAAUAUUUAUAAGGAUAAAUCGUGGGGAACAUAUCGAAAUCUUCUAUUAGAAGAAAGACCGAAGAUUAAAUGCGAACAUUCUUAUGCACAUUUUAAAACUGGUGGCGGCAUUUCAAGUUUUGAAUGGAUAGAGGGUCCUUUACCUGAAGAAGUACCAAUGAAACAAGGGCAACUUUUGAUUUCAACAUUUUAUUCGUCAGUUAACUUUAAAGAUGUUUUGGCAGCUUCUGGGCGUGCAAAUCUAGAAAUAUUGCAAUCUCAUUCACUUGGCCAAAAUCUAUUCGUUGGAUUUGAAUUUUCAGGAAAAGAUUCAAGUGGCCGCAGGAUAGCUGGAAUGACCAACACUCAAGGAAUUUCAUCUUCUGUCACUUUGGAUUCUUCUUUAGCUUGGAAAGUUCCAGACGCUUGGACGCUUGAAGAUGCGGCGACAGUUCCCGUUGUAUAUUCCGCUGUUAUUUAUGCUCUUUUGGUGGUUGGCGAUAUGAAACCGGGUUCUUCAGUUCUUAUUCACUCCGCCACUGGUGGUAUUGGACUAGCUGCCUUGAACGUUUGUCUACACUAUAAAUGCGACGUUUAUGUAACCGUUGGCAAUCAGGAAAAAAGAGCGUAUUUAAAAGAAAAUUAUCCACAAAUUCCAGACAAUCAUAUUGGAAAUUCACGAAACACCUCAUUCGAACAAAUGAUCAAUAGACAAACCAGGAGUAGAGGCGUUGACUUUAUUUUGAAUUCUUUAAGCGAGGAUAAACGGCCAGCUUCGAUUAGGUGUUUAGCACAAAGAGGACAGCUAAUGGAAUUUGGGACGUACGAUUUGGCGAAUGACAGUGCUUUAAACCUUUUAUUAAUGGAAAAAAAUGCCACAUAUCACGGGAUCUUGUUAGACAUUGUGGUCAGAAAUUUUAAAGAAAUGGGGACCAAAGUGGUUAAACGUUUAAUAGAAGGAAUUGAAGCAGGUUUCGUGAAACCGCUGCCUAGGGUUGUAUUUAGUGCAGCUGAAAUUGAAAAAUCGUACAGAUACAUGAUGGUAGGUAAACACAUUGGCAAAAUUUUGAUCAAGCUGAGGAAUGAGGAAGAAGACAAUGUUCACAUUAACCAAAUAAAUAAACUAGAAAUUAUGUCAAAUCCACGCAUCCAUUGUAACCACCGUUGCACUUACGUCAUUAUUGGAGGGCUAGGUAAGGUCGGUUUAGAAUUAAGUGAUUGGUUGAUUCAGAGAGGUGCCAGAAAACUAGUACUAAAUUCUAGAUCAGGGAUACAAAAUGGUUACCAGCAGCGGAGAAUAAAUAUCUGGUUAACAUACGGCGUUGAAGUUAAAAUUUCCACAAAAAACUCAACCACUGAGCAAGGAUGUGAAGAUCUAAUUAACCAAGCAAAUGAGCUUGGACCUCUCGAUGCUAUUUUUAUUCUAGAUGGACUAUUUGAAAAUCUAACCGAAGAAAAUUUCGACGCGUCGCUAGCUCGCAUCACGCUAUAUUUGGAUCGAGUGACCAGAAAAUUGUGUCCCAAAUUGAGGUAUUUUGUAAUAUUUUCGUCAUUAUGCUGUGGUCACGUUAAUCCGGGUAAGAUCAACAAUAAUAUGGCAAACUCUGUUAUGGAAAGGAUUUGUGAGAGUCGAAAACGGGAAGGACUACCAGCCGUAGCUAUCCAAUGGAGGACAAUCGGUGAAGUUAAUUUGUUGGGACCAAUGCAAAUUCAAAAUAAAACGUUUGUGAUAGAUGAUACUCUUCAACAACACAUUUUAAACCGGCUUGACAUGUUAGAUGUGCUAUUAAAUCAUGACUAUCCAGUUGUUUCUAGUACCGUGAUCGCCGAAAAGCAUUAUAACAGUGAGAUUAUUAAUGCAGUAAAAGGGGUUGCCCGCGUUUUAGGAAUAAAAGACAUGAAAACCGUAAGUCAGUAUUCGACAUUUCCAGAACUCGGUAUGGAUUCGAUGGUAGGAACAGAGAUAAUUAACCUUUUAAAUAAGAAUUUUGAGAUCUACGUAACACCUGCAGAUCUGAGGUAUCUAACAUUUGCAAGACUUUCUGAAAUGGAAGAAGAAAAAAUAAGUAAAAUUAGAGAAAGUGUUGAUAAUGAAAAAGAAUGUACAAAUUUGAUGGUUCCUAAAUUCGACAGUAAAGUGGAUCUAAAUAAAGAAGCUCCCACCGUGUUAGUUAAUUGAUUCUUAGUUGUUAGUAUACCUACACUUUUGAAGUUAUGAUUACAUUAUUUACAUUAUUUCAUAUCAAAAUGUUGUUUUUUUAUUACUGCGUUGAAAUCAAAUGAACAUGGGCACAUGGACGGCGAAACCAUGGUAUGACUUGAAACACUCAAUAAAAAUUUCAAGAAUUGCAUGUCUGCGGAUAAAGAUAUAUGUAGAACAUUUUAGGAUAUGUAUUGGUAACUCAAGAGCUUCAACAACGAAUGGAAGUGGUAGCCGCUACAUUUCAUGGCACUCUCGGAGUUUUUUUACGUAUCUGUGCAAACAUGUUGCGACGUGCUGAGGCUUGUAUUGGUAGUCAAGGACAACAUUUUCAAUAUUUAUUGUAAAAUGGCAGUGGCAUUCUAAGUUGCUCUUAUUUUUGUUCUAAUAAACAAUGUGGAAUCGUUAUGACAAAGACCAAUCAUCCGUUAGAAAAAAAGUCGAUCACCAUGAAGCAUUAACAAAAAUCGGUCCUUCUCAGGACCAUCAUGAAUACAUGAAUAAACGAAUGAUAACCAGCAAAAAUUCGGUUUUACUUUUAACUGAAACUGGAAGUGUUUACAUCGUUUUUAUUCGAACGUUUUUCCACCUACUUUUUAAAAGUUGUAUCAGUGGCAUCGCAUCUA